AUGAUGAUGAAUUAGCUCUUCAAAAAGGCAUAUAUGCUGUAAAUGAUCAGACCAAAUCAAACAAAUAUGAGAGUUUUCAAUCUAUUAAACAAUCAGCAAUCAAUGCUUUACUCUUAAUAUCUCUAACAGCAAACUUUGAUGAAUGAGAUCAUGAUAAAUAACUAAGUAGUAGAUGAAAUUUUAGAAUCAAAUGAAGAUUAAUAGGUUCAAUAUGAUUGCAAAAAGAAUAAAACAACCACUCAAGCUAGAAAGAAAAGAGAAAGAAGAAAGACUGGCAAAGCUAUGAGCAUCAGAUGGAAAUGA